AGAGCAUGUCUGACACGAACGGUCCCAUGGUGUAAUGGUUAGCACUCUGGACUUUGAAUCCAGCGAUCCGAGUUCAAAUCUCGGUGGGACCUGCGUUGGGAACGAUGGACACUGCAGAUGUAAAUACAACGUGACAUUUUCGAGGAUUAAUUUCGCCGUGAGAAAUGACCGAACAUUCCGAAUCCGUGGUGGUUAUCAAGGCGAAACCCGUUCGCAAGGUUUUCAAGGCUCACGUGAGAGCCAGCAAAAUCCCCGAGGAGCUAUUGAACGAUCCUCAGUUGAAUUCUGCCGUGGCAGCUUUACCGUCGAAUUAUAAUUUCGAGAUACACAAGACGAUUUGGCGGAUCAAGGAACUGAAGGUGAAGAAAGUGGCGCUCCAGAUGCCAGAGGGUCUCCUGAUGUACGCUACAACUAUAGCUGACAUCAUCGAACACUUCACCGAAGCAGACACUGUUAUUCUGGCUGAUGUCACCUAUGGAGCCUGCUGUGUGGACGAUUAUACAGCAAGAGCAUUGGACGCAGAUUUCCUAGUUCACUACGGCCACUCAUGUCUCAUACCUGUGGAUCAGACUGCCGGCAUUAAAGUACUUUACGUAUUUGUUAACAUAAAAAUUGACAUCUCGCAUUGCGUUGAGUGUCUACAAGUCACACUGCCGGUUACCGCAAAGUUAGCAUUGGUCAGCACGAUACAAUUCGCCACUAUGAUACAAGCAACAGCGUCGGAGCUGAGGAGAGGAGGAUACGAGGUCUCGGUGCCGCAGAGCAAGCCGCUCAGUCCUGGAGAAAUAUUAGGUUGCACAGCGCCUCAGGUCCGCUGUGCCGACGCGGUGGUCUACGUAGGCGACGGUCGUUUCCAUCUGGAGGCUGCCAUGAUCGCCAAUCCCAAGCUGAGGGCGUUCAAGUACGAUCCGUAUGCGAAGAAGUUAACCGAGGAAUUCUACGAUCACGAGAGAAUGCUGAAGACCAGACACGAGGCGAUACAGCGCGCCGCUAAGACCGGCAAAUACGGCCUGGUGCUUGGCACUCUCGGCAGACAGGGCAGCCCUAACGUGCUGAGGACUCUGCAGAACAGAAUCGAGGCGUUAGGGAAGGAAAACGUCGUGAUACUGCUGUCGGAAAUCUUCCCGGAUAAAAUUAAAUUAUUCGACGGCGUCGACGCUUUCAUACAAAUCGCGUGUCCACGAUUGAGCAUCGACUGGGGCGUCGCGUUCGAGAAGCCAUUUCUCACCCCUUACGAAGGCGCGGUCGCCCUCAGGAUGGCGGAUUUCGACAAGGAGCGGCCGUAUCCGAUGGACUUUUACGCCACGGUCAGCCUCGGCCCGUGGACUGCCAAUCACAAGGAGUCAGAGCUAAAAACGCCCGAUGCUUGUUGCGGUAAAUGUAAAACGGAUAAAUAAAGGAUUCGAUUAU